AGUCUUUCACUCUUUUAGAGUAUCGUUUGUAUAGAUCGUCUCCUUCGACGCCAUAUUGUUACAAGUUCUACAAGUUCUACAAAUCUACAUGUAUAACGGUUAUGUAGCAUGCACUCAUAUUCCACGUAUGAUAUAUUCUAUACAUAUAACUUCUAAAGCCAAACUACAUCGUGCAGCGCCCGGGCCUAAUGCAAAAAUGCGUAUACCUAAUAUGUUGUCUGUAUAUCUAUUCCAACUCUGCACAAUCAGUUGGCAUUAUAAAGAUACUCUGGUAUCAGUAUAACACAGCAGCUAUAUGUAUGUAUACAUUCCGAACGCUGAGCGGCGACACAAAAAUGACGUCACGCGAGCAUUUUUGUUCUGUCUGAAGUCAUUAAUCUUCGAGCGAAUCGAAAGUUCAUUUGCUGGUUGCGUCCGAUCGCUACUCGAUGUGACGCGAGCUAUCUGGUCGCGCGGAGACUUCAAUGCUGAAUUUGCUGCACCCGCAACAUCGUCGCUGAUCGAGUUUCGUUAUAAUGUGUCAGCUGCGGAUGUUUUACGAAAUUUGUGCUUGAAGAUUCUAACGAGUCCUUGCGGAAUUGCAGGCAUCAAUUUACCUGUAAAAUUAUAGCACGCAUCAGAAUCA